GCGGAAGGGGCGGAGCCUGAGGAGCGCAGCCGGAACAGGUCGGUGGGGCCGGGGGGUCCCCGGGAGAGCCCCGUAAGGACCGGUAACAGCUCGUACAGACCAGUGACCGCUGCCCCCAUCCCAGUACAGACCAGUGACCGCUGACCCCAUCCCAGUACAGACCAGUGACCGUUCACUCCUCCCAGUUGCGCCCGGGGGCUCCUCAGUGACCUCCAGAGACCCUCGGCCAUGGGCGAGCGCAAAGGCACCAACAAGUACUACCCGCCCGACUUCGACCCUGCCAAGCAUGGUUCCCUCAACAAAUACCACCACAGCCACCCCCUGCGCGAGCGCGCCCGCAAGCUCUCCCAGGGCAUCCUUGUCAUCAGGUUCGAGAUGCCCUUCAACAUCUGGUGUGACGGCUGCCAGAACCACAUCGGGAUGGGCGUCAGGUACAAUGCUGAGAAGAAGAAGGUGGGGAGCUACUACACCACGCCCGUGUACAGGUUCAGGAUGAAGUGUCACCUGUGCGUCAACUACAUCGAGCUGCAGACGGAUCCUGGGAACUGCGACUAUGUCAUCGUCAGCGGCGCCCGGCGCAAGGAGGAGCGCUGGGAGCCCGAGGACAGCGGCCAGGUGCUGCCCACCACCCCGGAGCAGCGGGAGCGCCUGGCGGUGGACGCGAUGUUCCGCCUGGAGCACGGCGUGUCGGACCGGGGGGUGCUGGAGCGCGCCGCCCCCACGCUGGCGCGGCUGCAGCAGGCGCAGGACGCCUGGAAGGACGACUUCGGCCUCAACAGCCGCCUGCGCCGGCGCUUCCGGGAGGAGAAGAAGACGCUGAAGGAGGAGGAAGAGGAGGCGGCGGCGCUGCAGGCGAAGGCCGGACUCAGCAUCCCUCUGCUCCGCGAGGAAGAGGAGGAUCGGCGCCUCGCCGCCCUGCUCACCCUCCGCGCCCCCGAUUCCUACGAGGAGAAGCAGCGGCUGAAGCGCUCCGAGAUCUCCCAGCGCUCCUGGUUCGGUCCCCGAACGGCCGGGGGGGCGCUCCAGAAAUUGGGGCUGGGGUCGCCACGGCCACCGAGGGCACCCCUGGGGCCGCCCCCGACCCCCGCCGGGCUCGGCAUCGUGCGGAGGAAGGCGGCGGAGGAGGGGGCGCAGCUGGUACCGCGGGAGACCCCCGAAAGCGGAGCGGAGCCGCCCGGUGCUGCCCCCCAGGACCAGCCCGCUGCCGCCCCCCAGUCUGAGGGGGCUCCCCGGGACACCCCCGGUGCCGCCGCCCUCCGGGACACCCCCGGUGCCGCUCACCGGGACCCGCCCGGUACCAUCCCCCGGGACCCCCCCGGUGCCGCUCACCGGGAUCCGCCCGGUGCCGCCCCCCGGGACCCCCCCGGUACCGCUGCCUGGGACCCGCCCGGUGCCGCUCCCCAGGCUGGGGGGGCUCCCCGGGACACCCCCGGUGCUGCCGCCCGGGACCCCCCCGGUGCCGCGCCCCGGGACCCCCCCGGUGCCGCCCCCCGGGACCCGCCCGGUGCCGCCCCCCGGGACACCCCCGGUGCCGCCGCCCCCGCCCCGUCCCUGGUCGCCGACUAUUCGGACUCCGGUUCCGAGAGCCCCUGAGCGGGGUUUGGGGGGGUCGGGACCCCCCAAAACCGGGGGGGGCUGAUCCUGGGGGGGGUCCCGAGCACCUUUUACCCCCCCCUCCCACCCGAGACCCCCCCCACUGUAAUUUGCACCCCCAAAAUUAAAAAGAAU